CGAGAAACUGGACUUACAAUGGGAUUAUUAGAGGAGAUGGAGGAAGGUUUUACGAUUUGAUUGAUCCUCUUGAAGAGAACCAUCUCCUUCCUUCCUCCCUCCUGGAGGGAUAGCAGCUAGCUGGCCCCAACUCGAUGCGAAGGUGGGUGAGGCAUCUCCAUCCAGCCCGUACGAUGUGUCCCUCGCAGCGCACAGUGGCAGCAAGCCAGCAAGGCAGUGCAGGCCUCCCAAGCAAGCCACACCCACAAGCACCAACCAAGCAACUGCAUGCGUUUUACCGCCCUUCCUAUCCGUCAUUCGAGCCGUUAUCCUCUCUCACUCACACAAACACAUACACGUGACCCCGUCGAUCUCUGUUGAUAUCCGCAUAGCAGUGGCAGUAGCAGCUUCACCUUUUCACAAAAAAAAAAAGUAGCAGCUUCACCUCCCCUAAAACCACUGGCUCCGUUUGGUUUUCUACAAUUAUAGAAAAUCAACGCUUUGACAGAUAAUUACGAUGUUAAAACUAAAUCAGUUUGCACUAGGAAAACUAAAGAAUCUAAUGAAGCAUUUGAUAACAUAAUUAGAGAAUGGUUACUGUAGCAUCACUGUAGCCAAUUAUCGAUAAAUUACAGUUAUUAGAUUUGUCGCGAAAAGUUAUGCUCAUCCCUAAACAUGUUUUGCAAAUAGACUUCAUAUAUUACUCUAUGCAUGCGAAAUUCUCUUCUCGGGAGACGUGUUCUAAAAAUUUAGAACGGAACCAAACAAGCCCAGCAGCGUCAAUCAAUACAUGAUCAUGAUCAUGGCGCCGAUAAGUCAACAAAGCUCCCUAGACACGACAUCAAGGAACAUGAUCAUCAAUUGGGUUGGGCCCCAUUCCAGAUUCACAUACAGAUUUUUACAUAUAAUAUAUAUGCAACCUAAUUCAUCUACGGGCUGCUAAUCCUUAAUCCAGCCUACUAGCAUAUAUUGCUUGCUGGAAUUGAGAUUGGAUUUUAUCAAGUAUUCUUGCACAUUCAAAAGGACUAUGGACUAUGGAAGGCAAGGAACAGCUAAAAAUAUCAACAGUUUUUUUUUCUUAAAAAAGAGAACUGCACAAAUCAUCAGACGUGAACCAUUAGAUUAUCUGUCAAUAUUGUACUAUACUACCAGUUGCGACUGCCCUGCCGGAGACAGAUUGAGAUGUCAGUGGGCCAAGGAAAACAAAAUGCCAAGGAUAAUAUAUAGGAUUUCUAUCUAUCGCUCACCUGUUCUGUGCCUGGAGACAACGAUUAAGAUCCUCCAGAACUUGGUUCAAAUAUUUAAAUUUCAUUUCUCUACAGGCCAGGGAGAAUAAUCAGAGCCUAAUCUACGAAUGUCGCACACGAGCUGUUGGUGAGUUAAUGGUAACGACAGAUGAAAAGCAGACCAUCAGUGCGGAAUCUGGAAAAAGGAUGACAAGUCGCGGGCGCUAGGGGGGCUUGGUGGGCGGCGGAUCCUGUCGCUGUUGGUGGUCUGACUCUGCUCCGAGCUUGCGGCGGAUGAAGGCCUCGAGGACGCGGCGCUGCGGUUCGAUGAGGGCGGCGCCGGUGAGGAAGAGGCAGGCGGUUCUUCUCUCCGCUGCGGGUCGGGCAAUGGGCCCACCCACCCUUGACCCAGGCGCCCAACUGACGUGUGGGGCCACUGAGGCACAGAGAAGUAGGCCGGCGGCGCAAAACCCCUCAAGCUACUUGCGAUAUCCUCCUCCUCUAAAAACGUCGGCGGGGUGGCGGCGGGCCCUAGGGUGCUCAGGGACAGAAGGCCGGCGGCCAACGCAUUCUACGAGCGCGACACCGAUACCGAGGAUGAGGAAACUGCGAAUGAUCAAGUCAUCCACGAGAGGCCUAAAAGCAAUGAUUCUGGGAAGAAGAGAGGAAGACCAAGAAAGACAAAAGUGGGCGAACUGGACAGCGAGGCCCAGUCCUCAAAUGGCAAAAACAACGGCCAAAUUAAUGGGGGUGAUGCUGGGGCAGCAAGGGGCAAGGAGUCAAGGACUGGCGAGUUUUCGCAGAUUGCAAAGAAGCGGAAAAGAAGAGAUGUUGGGAAAGAGUCUAUCACAAAAAAGUUGAAAAAUAUGGAUAGACAGGAAAAGAAGCUCCCAUCUGCCAAGGAUAAAAAAUACGAUGCAAAUGUUAUGGUAGGGAGGACGAUUUUGACAGGGGAAAAUGCCCUCAUGUGCCACCAAUGCCAGAGGAAAGACAAAGGAAGGGUGGUCUGGUGUCAGUCAUGCAAGAAAAAGAGAUUCUGUGUGCCAUGCAUAGAACUAUGGUAUCCUAAUUUGCCAGAAGAGGAAUUUGCUGUGAAAUGCCCAUAUUGUCGCAAGAACUGUAAUUGCAAGGCAUGCCUACGGAUGAGGGGAGUUGAAGAGCCUCCUAAAAAGGAGAUUUCUCAAGAAAAUCAAAUUCGUUAUGCAUAUCAUAUUGUAAGCUUGCUGCUUCCUUGGAUGAGAGAAUUGCGACAGGAGCAGAUGGAGGAGAAGGAAGUAGAGGCUCAAAUACAAGGAGUUUCAGUGAAUGAAAUCAAGGUGGAACAAGCUGAGUGCGACCUAGAUGACCGUGUCUAUUGCAAUAAGUGUAGAACUUCUAUAGUCGAUUUUCAUAGAAGUUGCAAGCAUUGUUUCUAUGAUCUUUGCCUUAACUGCAAGGAGCUUCGCAAAGGUGAGAUCCCAGGAGGAGAAGAGGUGGAGGCUUUGUAUUGUGAAAGUAGAGAUAGGAGUUAUGCUUUUGGCAAGAUUCUUCAGUCAAAGGAUGCUAAUAAAAGCGUCCCUUCGAGGAGGCAUAACAACUCCUCGAAUGGCGAGCCUCACAAUGGAAUGGCUGCUGUUGAGAAGCUCAAUAACCAUCUGCACCUAUGGAAAGCAAAGAUUGAUGGUAGCAUACCUUGUCCACCAAAGGAAAUAGGAGGAUGUGGCGGUACACUAAUGGACCUCAAGUGUUUGUUUCCAGAGAAGAUGCUUGCUGAGCUUGACAAUAGAGCUGACAAAGUUCUCAGAAGUGAAAUGUUUGCUAAAGCAAUUGUCAGGAGAAGUGAUCGGUGCCCUUGCUAUGAUCAUUCAGGCAAGAUAAGAACUGACUGCAAGUCAGUACGAGAGGCUGCUAACAGGAAGGACUCAAGUGAUAACUUCCUAUAUUGUCCGGUUGCUACUGAUAUCCAGGAUGAUGAUCUAGUGCACUUUCAGAUGCAUUGGGCAAAGGGUGAGCCAGUUGUUGUAUCUGAUGUUCUUCAGUUAACUUCUGGUCUGAGUUGGGAACCAAUGGUAAUGUGGCGGGCAUUGCGGGAAAGAACCGAAGGCAAAGCAGAAGCUGAGCAAUUUGUUGUUGUCGCAUUAGAUUGCCUUGAUUGGUGUGAGGUGGAAAUUAAUAUACAUAUGUUCUUUUUGGGAUAUACAACUGGCAGAGCUCAUACUAGGACUCACUGGCCUGAGAUGCUUAAGCUAAAAGACUGGCCUCCUAGUUCCUUUGACCAGCGAUUGCCUCGUCAUGGUGCUGAAUUUAUUAGCGCAUUACCGUUUCCUGAGUAUACUGAUCCACGAUAUGGUCCACUUAAUCUCGCAGUUAAGCUUCCUACCGGUGUCUUGAAGCCAGAUCUUGGACCCAAAACUUACAUUGCUUAUGGGUUCCACAAAGAGCUAGGCAGGGGUGAUUCUGUGACCAAGCUUCACUGUGACAUAUCUGAUGCGGUAAAUAUCUUAACACACACAGCUGAAGCGACUUGUCAGACUAGUCUUUGCCAAAUUGAAAAAAUCCAACAAGACAUGCGGGCGCAAGAUCUUCAGGAAUUAUAUGGGGGUCUAGAAUUCAGCACUGAUCUCAGGUCACAAUCUCCAAUUAAAAAGAGGGAUAAAGCUGAUUAUGAAGCACCAAAUACCUCAUAUAGUAGGGAAGACAAUCAUGCCAAUAAAUCCAGUUUUAAUGGUUUGGACAUCAAUGCUUUACCACCUGACGAUUCUGAAAGCCAUACGGUGGAUAAAGAGUCAUCUCAUGAAUCUGUUUCACGAAGUGAACUAGGGCAGUGCCCAGAUCAAAGUAAUGAGGUCAAUGCAUCUCAUAAGAUGCAUAAUGGAUCUCAUUGCAUUUCAGAUGGUAUUGACAUGGGACAGAAUGGAAAGAGAUCUAGAGGUGGAACUCUCAAGGAAGAUGGCACCGAAUCUCAAGAAGAGAAACCUACAAAGGUUGAUUGCAAUGGCACUGAUGCAAAACUAAUUUCCAAAGACAUUCAGGAAAAGCCUGCUGCGGGGGAAGGCUCAGAGAACACAGGCGGUGCUUUAUGGGAUAUCUUCCGUAGAGAGGAUUCCGAGAAAUUACAAGAUUAUCUUAGGAAACAUUCCUCAGAAUUCAGGCAUAUUCACUGCAAUUCUGUUAAGCAGGUUAUUCACCCAAUUCACGACCAGAGUUUCUACUUAACUGCAGAGCAUAAGAGAAAGCUCAAGAAAGAAUAUGGUAUUGAACCCUGGACAUUUGAACAGAAGCUUGGCGAAGCAGUUUUCAUUCCCGCUGGAUGUCCUCAUCAAUCUUGCAUCAAAGUUGCACUGGACUUUGUUUCCCCUGAAAAUGUUGGUGAGUGUAUCAAGUUGACUGGGGAGUUUAGACGACUUCCUUCUUCCCACAGAGCUAAUGAAGAUAAACUAGAGAUCAAGAAGGUGGCUCUUCAUGCUCUGAACGAAGUGGUAAACUUUUUGGAUUCUUGUUCUUCAGAAGGGUUGGAGAGCGGGGCUGGUGAACCCAGCAAUGUAGCUAAAUCAUCUGUAGAGGAGAAGCCGGUGCCACCGAAAGGGCAGGGCAGUCGCCGAAGAGGUGUAGUGCCGCAAGGAGACGAUCCAAAGAGUGAAGGAGACAGCGGCAAGCAGAGUGAAGAAGUUACUGUCGAGAACCCAAGAGGCGUGGUCGCCCAGCAAGCUCCCGCAAGCGUGGACAUUGAUUCCUUAUGUUUGGACUGGGGAUGAUGAUGAUGCAUUUUGGAAGGAGCAGAGGUUGUUGGCAGAGUAGUGAUGAAGUCAUGCAUCAGUCACCGCAGACCCCAUUAGCGGUGUCUGGGUUUUGUUUGGCCGGCUAGUCAUGGCAGACGCCAUUAUGGUGUCUGAAUUUUGUUGAAGUACGGUGAUGGCCGGCCGACACCGAUCGAUGGAGAAUCAUUGGUCAAGUAGACUGACCAUCUCCUGUAGAUGUAGCAAGCAGCUGGCGGUAGCAGCGCAUUUGUAGUUUUGUACUGGGCUGGAGUAUGAUGCUAUGCUGAUGUUUGGGCAAUUGAUA